GAAUAUAUACCAAAUACAUUACCAACCAGAUUCUAACGGCGUGGAAUAAGCCGUCAGAAAAGACUUGUAUUCGUCUCUUUCCCUCUCUGGAAGGAAACAAAGCAAAGCACUUCUGCAUCGCAGUGUGUUUCGUUUCCCCUCCUCCCUUUCUCACUCUUAACAGACCCGUCGCUCCCUCUCUUCGUCUUCUCCGGCAGCGCUUAAGGACUUCCGGGAGCAGGCUCUAUAGCAAGAAUCAUUCGCCAAAUAAUUGAAGCACUGUUAUUGGUUAUUGCAUAGUGGUUACUUGUUCUCAGAUAAUGGGGAACGCGUGUUGUGUUGCUCCUCGUGACAAAAUGGUCCUCCUGCCUAACUCAUCAUCAGCUGCUGCUGAGAGGAGGCAUUCUCCUACUUGGAGUUUCCGCUGGGAUAAUAAUCAUAAUAGAGGCCGUGUGGCUGGUGAAGAAGCCUCUCUCAGUUGGUUGUCUGAUGGGAUUAGUCGGAACGAUGUGUUGUCUGACUUCAAAUCUGAAUUUUUAUCAUCUCAAGGCUCCCCUUUGGACAGUUUCCGGACGUUGCAGAAGUCUCCGGCCUCAGAUUUAUCUUUUCCAAGAGAUUCGUCCAUGGAUACAGUCUUUGAGCAGAAAGAAAAGGAUUUAAUAGAAUCUGCAGCACCUUCAUACCCAUCUCCUGCACAAUUGUCUCUUUCACUUGCUUCACAACCAUCUUCUUUCCCAACGUCACCACUUCCCUCCCAGAUCUACUAUCACCCUGCAAGUUCAUCUACACUUAAUCCAACCCAGCAAGUCUCAGAUGGUAAGAUCUGUGGAAUGAACUCACUUAGCAGAAGCUCGAUAACUGAAGAGAGGCAGGGAACUCCUUUGAGAUGUGAUUCUUCUGUGAGUGGACCAUCUGAAGCUUGGUCACUGCAAGCCUUUUCUGAAAUGAUGUCAUCUUCUCGCAGCAACGAGCCUUUGUCUUAUGAUAAUGACCGCUUUGGGCUUGAACGGGACAAGAUGGGCCAUCAUGGCAACAGAAUGUCCAAUCAUCAGCAGCAAAGCUGUGGUGCCUGCUCUAGACCCUUGUCAGAGAAGUCCUUGUGGAGCAGCCAAAAGAUGUUUAUGACCAACGAGCUCUCUGUGUCUGCAAUUCUAGCUUGUGGGCAUGUCUAUCAUGGUGAGUGUUUAGAGAAGAUGACCCCAGAAAUCGAUAAAUUCGACCCUUCAUGCCCAAUCUGUACUCUGGGUGAGAAGAAAACAGCGAAGCUGUCGGAGAAAGCGUUGAGAGUGGAGAUGGAUUUGAAAGCUAGGCACAACAAAAGACUCAGAAACCGAGUUUUGGACAGUGGUUUUGACUGCGAGGAUUUUGUAAUGUUUGAUGACAGCCACAGGGUAGAGGCAGCAGCAGGGAAGAGCCCUAAACUGGUCUCGAGUUCAAGCGCCAAGAGCUAUUCCGCAAAGCCUUUCUUGGCUCGACAUUUCUCAUUUGGGUCCAGUAAAUCCACCAAAGAGAAUCUUCCUGUCAAAAAGAAAGGCUUCUUUUGGACCAACUCCAGCAAAAUAUGAACUUAUUCUGCGUUGCUCUGUACUGUCCGAAGCAUAGAACUCAACGGACACACGGACACGGUGCCAUUCAAUUAAGACAGGCUAUUCGUUGUUACUCACUUUCCUCAUUGGCUUUUUUUUUAUAAUUGGUUCCUAAACUGUCACACAUGUAAAGUUACAAAUUUAGAAUACAAGGUUGGGGGAUAAAAACAAGAUUGGAUCAUUAGCUUAUAAAAUUAAUCUGGCUAUGCAUAGAUUAGGAUUUAAACUCUGAAAGCAAAGCGAUUGUAUAUGGUUUGUAUUACAUCUACAAGCUUCACCUCAAUCAAACUUCUUUCUGUGAUCA